CACUCGAUCAGUAUAUUCGCCUGUUCCAUAUAAAGUGGUUCACAAGUAAUUGGUUCUUGUAAGGCAUUGGCAAUAACCACACUGUUUGAUUUAACUGUUUUAACAAUCUAAAUAGUCAUCAAUAUUUGAUCGAAUUUCGAUUUGGUUUAAUUCAAGUCUGAAUAAUUGCCUAAGUUGAAAUGAAGAAAUCAAUGAAAUUAGAAAAAUAGCGUGUGUGUGACAUUAAACAACAAAAUAUACAACAUAGAACAUAACAAACGUUUAUUAAACGAAAAAGAUGUUUGGUGCGAGCGUUCUCCUACGUUGGGUUUCUCGUGACUUGAAAAUUAAAAAAGAAUACGAAAAACGACGUCGAGAUGAAAAAAUAAAGCAAUAUGAGGUGGAAAAUCAAACCGUUUAUGAUGAAAUAGAUGGAAAAAUCGAGUCAAUUGAUUCAAAAACUCCAUUUAUUUAUCGAUUUAUUGAAUAUUGGGCAUUUUUGGAAUGUCUAGGUUGGAUCGUUAUUUUGUUCGCAAAAAGGGAAGUAGAUUUCCCGGAAAAUUUCUUGUAUGGAAUUUGUGACGAAGAUUGUGAGGGUGCCAUUUCUAAGGCCAUUAUUAUCAAGCUUGUUGUGACAGUUUUGUUAGUUAUUGGUUGCAAAAUUAAAUUCACCAUAUUUAUGCUCCCAUGGUUCUUGGUCAAUGUGUCUGGUAUAUUUGCUGCCUGGGAAGUGGCAGUUUCAGCGUUUUGGGAAUAUCGAGACUUGAAUACAAGAUUGCUCACAGUGGAAAAAUUAUGGAAAUCUCAACAAUAACCCUGAUUGCUGCCACAGACAUAAAGUUGCCGUAUUUAGAAUGAAAAACUCAUCAUCAUUUUGGACAUUUUCCUGUUCUUAAAAGACUAUGUUUUACCUAUUUUCAAAAUUCAAGCAUUUGUUUAAUAGUUUUUUUUACCCACACAUUUACAGUCCAAAUUUUUUUACCUAUUUUUGAUUCAAACUAAACUAUGACUACUGUAAAUUUUACAUACAAAAAGAUGCGUAACUACAUAGAGAGAAAUUAGGUUGGUACGAUUGCAGAUGACGUUUGGAAUACGUCAAAAAGCAACUUUUCUUCUAUGGUGGUUGCGAUUUGUCCAAAUUUUUUGUAAUUUUUAAUGGUUGCAAACUUCAUAACCGCCAUAUUCCAAAAGUCAUCUGCAAUCGUACCAACCGAAUUUCUCUCU